CUCCCAAUCCGGAAAAAAAAAAAAAUUGCCAACCAGAGCGAGCGGCGGCCGCCAAAAACCUACCUGACCGCGGCUAUAAACCCUACCGGGGGUAAAAAGAUUGCGAGUCAGCUGAAGAACCUCUGAAAGGAUCCAUUUUUUGACACCUCGAAUGCAAGAUUUCGCCAAAAUCUUCCAGCAGCGAUUGUUACCGCGCGCACCGACGAGGAGAUAAAAACGCAAUAAAAACGGAAGAAAAGAAUAAAAAAGCAAAAUCACAUCUUGUCGUCCCCCAUCCUGUUCUCUCCAUUGGUAGCAGCUAAUCCGUCCCCAAUCCAAUCGGCCGCCGCCAUGGAGGCGCUGACGAACACGGAGAAAUGCUUCUCCCCUGCCAGGGCGAUGUCUCCGCUGCCGCUGGUGAGGCCGCCUCCAUCGCCGGGCGCUGCCGGUCAGUACCUGGCAGAGUUGCUGCAGGAACAACAGAAGAUUGGUCCCUUUGUGCAGGUGCUCCCAAUCUGCGGCAGGCUGUUGAAUCAAGAGAUAAUGAGAAUGUCUGCUAUGUUUUCCCACCUUGGAGUAAGGGAACAUGAGAGGCUGCCAAUUGCAAGUCCAAACCAGAUGCAUCCAUUGCCGCAGGUGCCUAAUUUUUGCGGAAAUGGUUUCAAUCCAUGGAAUGGGGUGCUCCCUGAGAAAAAUGGCAUUCCUCGUGGAAGUAUAGGUUGGCAAGGUGCAGGACAUGACCCAUCUUACAUUGUGAAGAAGAUUGUGCGGCUGGAAGUUCCAACAGAUGCUUAUCCUCAUUUCAAUUUUAUUGGCCGUCUUCUUGGGCCGAGGGGAAACUCGCUGAAGAGAGUUGAAGCCUCAACAGGUUGCAGGGUUUUCAUCAGAGGAAAGGGCUCCAUAAAAGAUCCCAUCAAGGAGGAACAAUUGAAGGGAAGGCCUGGCUAUGAACACUUGAGUGAUCCAACGCAUAUCUUGAUUGAGGCUGAAUUACCUGCUGAUGUAAUUGACACAAGACUAGCACAAGCUCAAGAAAUACUAGAGGACUUGUUGAAACCAGUGGAGGAGUCACAAGACAUUCUCAAGAGGCAACAACUUAGGGAGCUUGCCAUGUUAAACUCUACAUAUCGAGAGGAUAGCCCCCAUCAGAAUGGCAGUGCCUCUCCCUUCAGCAAUGGUAGCACAAAACUUGGGAAGCAAUGACUUGAGGGGCUCACCCCAAGCCCCCUUGAUCACUCCAAAGGCGCUCUAAUCGACUUGUUUUCAUGACAUAGAAAAAUCCUAUUUUCUGAGACUCUAUGAUGUUGGAAUUUUGCUAUUGCUAGCUGCUGAAUUUUGAUACCCCCUGAUGACAUUAGCUCGUGGCUGAGGUGACAAGGUAGUUGAAUCUCCAUGGCUGUAAAAUGAGAAUGUUUAUUUGCUUCGUUACCACGAACUGCUAGUGCUGAUGACUAUGUUGACGGUGCACUGAGUUGCUAAGUUUACCCUGAAGUAGAAGAAUAGCAUAAAUUUUCAAGCUAUGCCUGUGCAAGUAUGCAGCAUAUUUUCAUGCCCUUUGUCACAUAUAUCUCCUGCAGGUCAGAUCAUAUGUCUUCUCCGGCUUGCAUUUUCUGCUACCUGCUGUCCUCUUUUACCUGCCUUGCACCUCUAUUUUGCGUUGUGGUCUUCCGUUUAGCCUGUGACUUUGUUGAGUUGAAAUGAGCAAGAUUUGCUGAUUAGCGCGGUGCGAUCUGGUGC